UUCUGCGGAAUUUUUGGUAAGGACUUUUUCUCACAUUUCGAUUUCAAAUAAAUCAGGAAAAAAAAAAUACCAUUUCAUUCAUUUUAUUAACCAGAAUUCAGAAACAAUUCCAUCUGUGAUUCAAGCAUGAUUACGCGUGUGCUGCAGCAUAUCCCCAAGCUGCGUUAUGCAAAAACCCAUCACAUCUCGAAAAAUUUGAGACUAUUCUCAUCGAACGUAGCUCAGGAUGGCCAACCACAAGUCAAGAGUACUACCACUAAUUCCGGUCCAGAAAUCAUUAAUUUGGUUGACAGACAAUACUCACCGGGCAAAGAAUAUGAAGAUUUUAAAUGUAUUCGCGCCGAAAGUAUUCCAGAAUUCGGUAUCAUCAGCUAUACAUUUAAACAUAAUAAAUCUGGAACCGAGUUGUGGUAUUUGAAUCGCAACGAUGCGAACAAUGUGUUCUCGGUGAAUUUUAGAACAACUCCUUUCGAUUCGACUGGUUUGCCACAUAUUCUGGAACAUAGUGUGUUGUGUGGGUCACAGAAGUAUCCGGUUCGUGAUCCUUUCUUUAAGAUGUUGAAUCGAUCGGUGGCUACUUUUAUGAAUGCAAUGACUGGACCUGAUUAUACGAUGUAUCCAUUUUCAUCAAUGAACGAAAUCGAUUUUAGGAAUUUGCAGCGAAUCUAUUUGGACGCAGUUUUUAGGCCCAACCUAGAGUACUUGGAUUUCCUUCAAGAAGGAUGGCGUCUCGAGUAUUCAAAUCUCAAGGACAAAAAUUCAGAUUUGAUUAUCAAAGGAGUUGUUUACAACGAAAUGAAAGGAGCAUUCUCCGAGAACUCAUCCAUAUUUGGUCAAAAUUUACUCAACAACCUUCUCCCCGAUCACACUUACGGCUAUGUAUCUGGUGGAAACCCACUAGAAAUACCAAAACUCACUCACGACGAUUUAGUAGCUUUUCACAAAAAAUAUUACCAUCCCAGCAAUUCCCGCAUCUACUGCUAUGGCAAUUUUAAUUUGGACAAAACUCUCAAUUACAUAAAUAACGAAUAUCUUUCCAAAUACGAAGCAAUCGAUAAUUCUUAUAGUCGAAUACCGAAUCAAAGACGAUGGCAUAAACCAAGAAAUGUCCAUAUUUCAAGUCGUCUCGACAACUUGGGUGCACCAUUUGAGAAACAAAAUCAAAUCUCAAUUGCCUUGCUAAUGUCCGAUGUAACCGAUAUCAAUGAAACAUUUGUUUUAUAUGUUCUAUCCGAAUUACUAGUCAAAGGACCCAAUUCUCCAUUCUACAAGAGCCUUAUUGAACCAAACUUCUCAGGUGGAUACAAUCAGACAACAGGCUAUGAUCCACAAAUUAAAGAUACCUUCUUUUGUGUUGGUCUGCAAGAUUUAAAAGUCGAAGAUUUUGGACGUGUACAAGAAACAUUCGAUGAUACAAUUGCUCAAAUUGUUCAAAAUGGUUUCCAACGUGAUCACAUCGAAAGUAUUUUGCACAAUAUUGAACUUUCAUUAAAACAUCAAAGUCCACAAUUUGGUCUUGGGUUGCUAUUCAAUUCGACACCUCUGUGGAAUCAUGAAGGUGACAUUGUUGAGACCUUGAGGGUUAGUAAGCUAAUACAAACAUUCCGUGAAAAUCUACAACAAGAUCCCCAGUACUUACAAAAAAAAGUUGAACAUUACUUUUCCAAAAAUACUCAUAGGCUAACUUUGACUAUGUCACCGGAUGACCUUUAUGAAAGCAAUUUCCAGCAAGCAGAGUUGUCAUUGCUUAAAUAUAAAUCAACAAAUUUAACACCUGAAGACCGUGAGACAAUCUAUCAGAAUGGAUUGCGUCUGGAGGAAUCACAAAAGGCACCACCGAAUGUUGAAGUUUUGCCUUGUCUGGACUUGGCCGAUGUUAAAACACCGCCCAAACUUUAUCCAAUAAACGUGAUUAAGGUUCAGGAUGUACCAACACAAAUUUGUAAUGUCCAGACAAAUGAAAUUUCAUACUUGAAAUGUUUCUUUGACUCUGCAAACCUAAGUCGCGAGGAAGUGAGUCUUAUUCCACUUUUUUGCAAUGUCAUCGAUGAUAUGGGCACCAAAAACUAUGAUUUCAGAGAUUUUGAUAAGAUUGUGACAUCGAAGACAUCUGGAAUUAAUUUUAAACUUCAUUUUGCAGAAAAUAUUUACGACAGCAAAUCGUAUGAUCUUGGAGUUUUGAUGACGUCACAUGCUCUCGAUUACAAUUCCCAGAGUAUGUUUGAUCUCGUUCACGAGGUGCUGUGUAAUUUCAAAAUGGACGAUGUCGAUCGCUUAAACAUGCUCAUCGAGAAUUAUAUGUCGAGUAUUUCUGUUGGAAUUGCUAGCUCAGGUCAUCUUUACGCUAUGAUGAGUUGUAGCGGAUUAGUUUCGGAUUCAGCAAAACUUAAGUCAGAACUUGCUGGUCUAGAACAUAUUGAGUUAAUGAAGAAACUGCUCAAAGACUACACCCCUGAAGAAAUUCAAAUUAAGUUAGUUACGUUGGGACACAAACUAUUUAAUGCACAAACAAUGCGCGUUGCCAUAAAUACAUCUGAUGAAAAUUUGCCAAAGCUACUCAAGAACUAUGAGGAAUUCUUGAAAAAGCUUCCCAGACAUGAAAGCACAAAGACAGAGAACAAAGUGAAUCUAUUGCCACCGGCAUGUCAGCAUUUUGUUAUGAAUGUUCCUGUCAAUUAUUGCGCUAAGGCGCUAUUCACUGUGCCCUAUAUUCAUAGGGAUCAUCCAGCUUUGAGGAUACUCGCAAAAUUGAUCUCCGCCAAAUAUUUGCUGCCAGUUGUGAGGGAACAAAAUGGAGCCUAUGGCGCUGGCGCCAAACUUGGCUCAGACGGUAUAUUCAGUUUCUUUAGUUAUCGCGAUCCAAAUUCAACAGCAACUUUUGAUGCUUUUGAUAAUACAUACAAAUGGCUGAAGGAAAGUGAGAAAGAAAUUACAGAGCAGACUUUAUUCGAAGCAAAGUUAGGUGUUCUUCAGCAAUUAGAUUCACCAACAGCACCUGGAAAUUUGGGAGUUGAUUUCUUCCUUUAUGGUGUUUCACAGGAAUUAUUCCAAAAGUAUAGGCAGCGUAUGUUGAAUGUGACGUUGGCUGAAUUGAAUGGAGUAGUUGAAAAGUAUUUCAAGGAUAAACCACAACAUUAUGGAAAAUGUAUUUUGGGGCCAGAAAAUAAGAAUCUAGUUGAUAAGGAUGGUGAUCAGUGGAAGACUAUUUUGUAAAUUUUGUGUAUGUGUCCAUAAAAAAAGAAAACAAAAA